AUGAAAUUUCAAACAAACCGUUUUCGUGUCAAUAUUGGUAGUAGUCCGGAAGAUACUGUGGAUCUGCGUGAAGAACCCAGCAGCCGCAGGCCUCGUACAUAUCCGCCACCAGCGUGUAAUCGAUGUCGAAAGUACAAGAAGAAGUGCAGCAAAACACUUCCUGCAUGCAAGACAUGUACAGAUGCGGGGCGAAGAUGCUCAUAUUUUAAUUUUGAUUCGAAUAGAGCUCAGUCGACUGAAGUUCUUCAGGCACGAAUCCAGUGGCUCACGGAAUACAUUGAACAUAACAUUCAUCAAAGACCCGAAGAAGGCGCAAAUUCCUCAGCUUCUGCAGGGAAAGAAGGCUUGAAUGUAGAACAAGAUGGGAUUAGCGAUGAUAGUCCAAGGUUUUGGGAGAAGCCUUCGAUCUCCCUGCUGCCUAUGCAGUCGCUACUGAAUGGACCCUCAGACAGGAAUGGAGACCGAAGGAAUGAUGAGAAGAGCCCCAAGACAACAACAAUACACCCCCUGCAUAACAGCCUAUCUCCGGCUACUCGAAGAACUUCUGUGGAAGACGGGCAGGAGCUACCUCUGUCAUGUAUCAAUGCGUACUUUGAUCAUGUUCAUAGAGGCUAUCCCUUUCUUGACAAGCAGCGUGUUGUUCAAGCGCGAGACAGAUAUAUUGGACAAAAUCUGGUUCCAGAGGACGCAGACUCUAUGAUGCUGUACCUGGUCGUUGCUAUUGGCCGUACUACACUUGAACGAUCGGGAAAGCUUCCCCGAACAGACAUAAAUGAAAUUGAGAUGCCAUACCAGACAUUUAUCAGCCACUGUAUUAAGAAGGAGGACUUGGAUUCUGUACGGAUACUACUGCUGCUCUGUCUUUACUCCCUUUUUGACCCUCUGGGCAUCAAGACCUGGACAAUUGUGGGGAUUCUUACUCGCCAGGCAUUAAUACUGGGCCUACCACAGCUGAGGAUUGUGACUGAGAAGACAUCGGAGGCUUUGGAUGAACAUUCAAAUCGGCUCUUCUGGAGCAUCUUCGUCAUCGAUCGCAUGGUUUCGAUAUCUGUUGGACAAGCUCCUGGAUUAGCCGUGCGUGAUCUUCGCGUACCAUUACCUGCUAUAACUGUGGAUGAGUUUGCUUCACCUCAACGGGUCGAGCUUUCAUCUAUGCUUCUAGUCAGCCGACAUGUUAUUCAACUGCGUCGUAUAGAAGGUGAAAUCUUGGAACGUAUCCACCUCAGAGCGCCUACAGAUACUGCUUCCUUAAGUCUUCCCGACAAGGCUGCAAUCAUCUCCAUGCUACGUUACGAGGUUGAUAAAUGGUACAGCGAGGGCUGUCUGAUUGCACAACCGGAAGCAGGCAAUAUACGAAUCCAUGACAGCUUGACCUGGCUCAACGCACGCUAUAACCAAUUGCUGAUGAUGCUUUAUUAUCCUGGACAUUUUAAUCAACCUUACCAGAGUUCUUCGAACGAACUCUUGCUUGACUUCGUACAAAAGAGUAUUGGAUAUAACCACUUCCUCUUUGAGCAACACCAGUUACCGCUCAAUUAUAUCACCCUCUCUAGGAUGGUUCAAAUCUCAUUGUCACUGUGUCAUUGCUUCGCUUAUACAGCCCUAACCUCUUUUCCAGCCAAGGGCGGAAUUGAAAACUGUAUAGAAAUACUAUCAGCCUUUGACAGCAGUUGGCGACAAGCUCACAUAUUGGCAGAAGCGAUGCAUAACUUUCUUCUUCUCAUCACAACGUUUGAAGAUCGCUUUGCAAAUAGUACGGAGAUUGUACAAGUUCCAUGGACUCUCAGGCCAACUGUGGAGCCAACCCUCAAAUCGUGGCUGCUCUCUCUCAGAGAGGAUCUAAUUACCAUUUCGAGAAAUACACUAGGAAAAGAUAAUUGUUUCCAGUUUAUUGAGAGGUGGGAUAUAGGGAUAGCGAAUUCCUAUCCUCCUCUGGAGAUUUUGAACUAGAUGCCUUUGAACUCCUAACAAGAAGUUGUGGUAAUCGAUUAAUUUAUAAUAGUUUUGAUUCAUCAAUAUGUUCCC